GAGGGACGUGGCAGGGAGAGGCAGCGGGAGUCAGCGUCUACCCUGGAGGUGCCGGACCAGCAGAGGAUGCCCCCCCAUCACAUACGCUCCCGCUCGGUGUCCCCGCACCGUGAGGAGCAGGGACGCAUCCGAUCACGGCCCCCCAACGUUCCCGCCCAGAGGAGUCUGGAUGAUGAGCUUCCUCACACUCGUCGUUCUCGUUCUCCGACCCGUCACUACGACUCUGCCAGAGGUCGCCACCAGCAGGAGGAGUACCUGGAUGACAGUGAGGUCAUCAUGAUCCACCAGUCAAUGCGAGGCAAAAGUGCUGAGUGCCUCCACACCAGAAGAUCUACUAGGCACAAUAACACACUGCCACCUAGGAUGCCCCUUAUGUUCAACGGCAUCCACAAAUGCACCAACAGUGAUCUGCAGCCUUCUCUGGACAGGGUUAGGAGCGCUAGCGCCAACUGUCUGACUCCAGACAAUCAUGCCCCCUCACCAGAGACUGAAAGAAAAUCGUUUUCCCAUUCCCUGCCCCGGAGACGUCCAGCGAGUCCCAGGAUUCUUAUCCAACAUGCUUCCCCUGAAGAUGACAGGCAGCCUCGGACCCUGGAGACAUCCGAGUGUAACACUCUUGGCAGGAAUCUCCCUAUCAGUGGCAGGGGGCAUCUCCAAGGUGGUGCGUCUCUCUCUUCCUCAGUGACGUCCUCCUCAGCCCGCAGAGUACGGCAGCUCCCACAGCUCCCCCCUAAGAGCAGCAGCGUAGAACAAGUCCUGGUAGCAGAGGAGUGUGUUCGACAGCUCCAGAUGAGGGUUCAUUCCAACCGGGUGUCAGCUGCCACCACCUCCAGCCAACAGGACCUGGACCGAUCCCUCAAGAACAAACGGGAGCUCUACAAGGACCAGAGGAGGAGCAGUGAGAACCUUUCCCAUAAGUCCUCAGACAGUGAUGUCAGCGACGUGUCAGCCAUCUCUCGAACCAGCAGUGCCUCUCGCAUCAGUAGCACCAGCUACAUGUCCAUCCAGUCAGAGAGACCACGGGGGCGCUUCAGCAGGGCCAUGCGGGCAUCGGGCCGCCACAUGAUGAAGAGCACCAGCGUGAGCGGAGAGAUCUACGGCAUGGACCACGCCGACGGCAGCCAAUCAGACACGGCGCUCGGGAGCCUGGGGAGCGGGCUCAAGAAGCGGCGUUCGAGCCUCAGCCAACGUGUUGUCGCCAUCCUGCCAUCCAGACGCAGCCGCAGCACCUCGCAGCUCAGCCAGACAGUGUGUGUUAUUUCUGAGCAGUCUUACCGGUUCUAUUCGUAA